CCUUCAAAUAGCACAGAAACAGAGAGACAGAACAGAGCGGGAACGCGUCUAGUUUACAGCUUUCUUCUAAUCUCCUUUAGCUUUUCUCUCUAUACUCUUCCUUCUCUCUCUCUCUCUCUUUACAUCGGUGUGUGCUUCUUCUCGGGUUCACUCUUCUUGAGAUCUGUGCCUUUGUUUCUUCUUCAUUCAAACGCUUUUUGCUCUCGGUAGAUUGGUUCGAUUCGCUACAGCAAAAUGGCGCCACCGAUUGAGAUUCCUGCCAAGAGUUAUGUUGAGAAACAUGUUGCACUUCCUACCCUUAAUGAGAGGAUACUUUCUUCCAUGAGCCACAGAUCAGUUGCUGCACACCCAUGGCAUGAUCUUGAGAUUGGACCUGAAGCCCCAAUUAUCUUCAACUGUGUGGUUGAGAUAGGAAAGGGGAGCAAAGUGAAGUAUGAACUCGACAAAACUACGGGUCUCAUUAAGGUCGAUCGUAUUCUUUACUCAUCUGUCGUUUACCCACACAACUAUGGGUUCAUUCCGCGUACUCUUUGUGAGGACAGUGAUCCUAUUGAUGUUCUCGUCAUCAUGCAGGAACCAGUGAUCCCAGGAUGCUUUCUUCGGGCCAAAGCUAUUGGUCUUAUGCCAAUGAUUGAUCAGGGUGAGAAAGACGACAAGAUUAUUGCUGUCUGCGCUGAUGAUCCAGAGUAUCGUCAUUACAACGACAUCAGUGAGCUUCCGCCUCAUCGUAUGGCUGAGAUCCGUCGUUUCUUUGAAGACUAUAAGAAAAACGAGAACAAGGAAGUAGCCGUGAACGACUUCCUUCCGGCAACAGCAGCCUACGACGCAGUUCAGCAUUCCAUGGAUCUCUAUGCGGACUACGUCGUGGAGAACCUGAGACGUUGAUUGACCAACCCAAGCAAUGGAACGAGAGCUUACAACUGCAUUAUUCACAUUUUGUUUUCUUGACAGAUGUGAAAGGUGUAAAACACAAAUAUAAAUAUACAUAUAAAAAUGUGAGGGUUCUCAAAGGAUAUAUAUUUGUGUAUGUCCUCUGUUGAAUCCGGUAUAUGAUGCCGAUAAUUCAAAGACUAAAACUGGGAUUUUACCCAUUUGUUUUCUAUCACUUUUUUUUGAAUUAUGGAGUCAUUUCCUAUAUCUUGAUUAAUUUUUUCUUUUCA